AUGAAUCCUGACUUUUAUCAAUAUACAAUCUUAAAUAUAAAUCCUGAUGAUGAUUUAUAUGGUGAUGAAUUUCAUAUAAAACAAAGAUUAGGAAUAGGUGUUACUUCAAUCGCCUAUCUAUUAGUUAAUCAAGAUGAUGAUCAACCAGCUGCUACCCGAAUAUCUCGUGUAAUGAAAAUUUCUAAAGCUGCGAGCUAUGAAAGAAUUUUUAUGAACGAAAUAAAAAUAUUACAACAAUUAAAAGAAUUGACAAAUUCAAAUAAUUUUAAUUUAUUUUUUUCAAAUAUUAUAAAAUCGUCACCUGAAGGUAAAUUCAUAUUAGUUGAAAAUCAAUUAAUAUCUUUAACAUCAAUAAAUUUACAUCAAGCAGAACAACUUAUUAGCAUCAUUGAACAUUUAUAUAAAUGUGGUAUCAUUCAUCGAGAUAUACGUCCACAAAACCUUAUGUUCGAUGAAACAGGUAAUCAUUUAAAAUUGAUUGAUUUCGGAUUCGCUACAACAUUGGAAAAUAAUGAAAAUACAAAAGAAUUAGGAAUUGAAGGCGUUGUUUUAUAUGCUGGUCUAAAAUUUCUGGAACUUUAUUUACAAGCGAUACAUAAUGCGGCAAUCAUUCGUACAUAUAAAUAUGAAAGAACGUUUGAUCUAACAUGUGCAUUAAAUGUUAUAAUAGCUGCUGCAUCAUAUGAAUUUUGGUUUGUUAUAAAAGAGAAGAAUAAAAAUUAUAAUGGUUUAUUAAAUUUAAUCGACAAUUUAUCAGAUUUUGAAACUAUCAAGAAUCGUAUUAAAGUACUGUUCUAA